GGCUCUGGAAGCUUCCGCCGGACGGGUAUAUAGAGUCCAGGACCGGGCGGCGGCGGAGCCGGGGGACGGCGACAGCUAGGCGGCGGGCCGCAGGUGGGGGCCAUGGGCAAGGACUACUAUCAGACGCUGGGCCUGUCCCGCGGCGCGUCGGACGAGGAGAUCAAGCGGGCCUACCGCCGCCAGGCGCUACGCUACCACCCGGACAAGAACAAGGAGCCCGGCGCCGAGGAGAAGUUCAAGGAGAUCGCCGAGGCCUACGACGUGCUCAGCGACCCGCGCAAGCGCGAGAUCUUUGACCGCUACGGGGAGGAAGGCCUAAAGGGCGGUGGCCCCAGUGGCGGUAGCAGCGGUGGUGCUAACGGUACCUCUUUCAGCUACACAUUCCAUGGAGACCCCCAUGCCAUGUUUGCGGAGUUCUUUGGCGGCAGAAAUCCUUUUGAUACCUUUUUUGGGCAGCGGAACGGAGAAGAAGGCAUGGACAUCGAUGACCCAUUCUCUGGUUUCCCAAUGGGCAUGGGUGGCUUCACCAACAUGAACUUUGGUCGCUCCCGCCCUCCCCAAGAACCCACCCGGAAGAAGCAAGAUCCCCCUGUUACCCAUGACCUGAGAGUCUCCCUUGAAGAAAUCUACAGCGGCUGUACCAAGAAGAUGAAAAUCUCACACAAGCGGCUGAACCCCGAUGGAAAGAGCAUUCGAAACGAAGACAAAAUUUUGACCAUUGAAGUGAAGAGGGGGUGGAAAGAAGGGACCAAAAUCACCUUCCCCAAGGAAGGAGACCAGACCUCCAACAACAUUCCAGCUGACAUUGUCUUUGUUUUAAAGGACAAGCCACACAAUAUCUUUAAGAGAGAUGGUUCUGACGUCAUUUAUCCUGCCAGAAUCAGCCUUCGAGAGGCUUUGUGUGGCUGUACAGUAAACGUCCCCACUCUGGACGGCAGGACCAUACCCGUCGUAUUCAAAGAUGUCAUCAGGCCUGGCAUGCGGCGAAAAGUUCCUGGAGAAGGCCUCCCCCUCCCCAAAACGCCCGAGAAACGCGGAGACCUCAUUAUCGAGUUCGAAGUGAUCUUCCCGGAAAGGAUUCCCCAGACGUCAAGAACCGUACUUGAGCAGGUUCUUCCAAUAUAGCCACCUGCAUUCCCCAAGGACUAACCAGGGACCUUUCCACAGCUCAAGGAUUUCCGGACCGAUCACCACUUGUGGACAGUGAGAGGGCGGGAGGGCCCAGGGAGGGCUUUCGUACUGCUGAAUGUUUUCCAGAGAAUAUAUUACAAUCUUUCAAAGUCGUGCACUAGACUUAAGUGGUUUUUCGAGCGAUAGAGCGGCAGGUGGUGGGCACAGCAGGAAAAGGCAUUACAGUCUGCCCUGCUGGGUCCUGCAGCCCUCCUGGGAUGGGCCCACCUUCUGCUCCUCCAGUCCCUGCCCAGGGGCAAGAGACAGGCCCACAACUGGACUUGAUCCCUCUGUAGUCCCUUUGCUUCUGGCUGUUAGAUGGUAUCAACCUGCCAUCUUGGUCACCAGACCCUGUGCACUCCUCAGUUUGUGUUGUAUGAUCGGUUCGUGUUUUAUUCUGUAUUUGUCUCCCACGCCUUGCUUGUCCCCUGAAGAAUUCUCUCUUCUCUUUGACCAUCUCAAAUUGAGAACCUAAAUCAGUUCUGCAGAACUGCCUGGCUGGCGCCACAAGCAAUACCUCGUUCCGGCAGGACCAAGGGAGCCAGCCUCCAGUGAGUGAGUCUCGCAACCGCCUCUCCAUCCAGGUUCUGGGGGCCUGGCUAGAGCAGGGCAUCCUCCUGACCUCUGGCUCUGGUGAAGCCCAAUGUGCUGAUUUAUGGGUCACACUCUUUUCCUUUGUCCAUGAGGCAAUCCUUUGGCACACCUAGGGCUUAACCAGUGUGGCCCAGGUAAUUUUUUUUGUUUGUUUGUUUUUUGUUUAAUGGACUCUGGACUCUCUCAAAGGGAUAUGAUCCCUUUGAAUUUUGCACAGCCCUAGAUAUAAUCCCUUUUGAUAAAAGGGUCUUUGCUUCUGAUUACAGGAGCACUGUGGAACGUCUGUAAAUAUGUUUUUGUAAUUCCAUGUAAAGUUGGUGUGCACUCAAAUGAAAAUAGUCCACAGCAGCUCUGCUCUCCGUACAGGGCCAUAAUGGAAUUCUGAAGAAACCUUGGGAGUGGGAGUGGGGGAAGUUGGAACAAAAAUGUCUGUUCUCUGGAGACCAGUCUGGUGCUCAGACCUUUAGACUUAUUGUAAGUUGCCACUGCCGACACGAGACCAAAGUGUGUGACUUGUCAUUAUGCAGCGUGACAGCAUUAAAGACUGAUGCUAAACCUCA